GACCAAGCGUUGAUCAGUGAACUGUUCAUUGAGCACACUGACACGGACGAUAGUGGCACUUACAUCUGUCGUAGCUCAGACCGAGAGAUUGGCAGCCUCAAGGUCACGGUCCUUGUAGGUGAGUAA